AUGCUUGUAUUACCACAGACUCCACCGGUAGCUCUUCCCUUUACUAAUCCGAAUGUUUCAUCUCAAUUGGUUUCCCUACGUGCAGCUAUACAAGUAUCUCAGCAUUCAAUUGAUACCACAGCUUACCUAAUCCAUUUAGAAGAUUAUUUACUGUCAAUCUUACAUGGUGUGAAGACAAACAGUUUCAAAUAUGAUACUAUCAUUUGUGAGGGAAUACCAUGGACUAGCAUAAAUCUCCCGAAACGAAAUAAGUUACUGAAAUUUUCACCAAGCUCUGGAUCAUCAUUGGAUGAUAAGGUAUCUUGGUCGGUUCAGAACGAGAUCUAUAUGACAUUGAUAUCCAUUACAUUGACAUAUCUUAAAAAAGCCGCUGAACUGACAAAUGAAAUCAUUUCUCAAGAUACAAAUAAUGUUGAUGAGUUCAAUGAAAACUGGAAACGCAUAACGUCAUAUUACAAAACUGCUAUAUCCUACGUAUUGUAUGCCAUGGAGUUACAACGUUGUGAAACAGUCAAGGAUGGUACAAAACUUAACGGUAUACUUUUGAACGUAAUUCAUAAAGUGUGUGAGAUUUCAAUUCAAAUGGUUAUUCUAAUUAAAUUUUCCUGGAUCAAUAGAAAUGCAUUUGAGUAUAAUAAUGAAACUAUUCAGACAGAAAAUAACUCAACAUUAUGUAAAGUUGCUAUUUAUAUUUUGCAGGAGUUGAAAGUUAUUAGAAAUUUGAUCAAUAACAUGUCCCUUUCCUCCAACGAUCAAGUUUAUGACUUUACUUUGGAUUAUUCUGAUUGGUUGGAUUAUCUUAAUGUAAUUGAAAAAUAUAUCAAUGGGUAUGCUGGGUUAUUUUUGAGUUUGCAAAUGUAUAAAGAAGACAAAUUGGGAAAUGCUAUAGGGUUGGUCCAUUUUAGUUUAUUAUCCUUACAAAGUAAGAAAUCAAUAGCAGCUGAACCAGUCAAGUCCAAGAAUGUGUUACGGAAUGUCAAGACAAAGAUUAGCAAUAAGAAAAAUGAUUCCUUAUUGUCUAGAUUAAGUUCCGUGUCAAGUUUACAAGUUGAUAAAUCGGCAUUCAAUGAAAAAACUUCUCCUUCUUCAAAACUUAUAUUGAAUGACUUGACAUAUUUAUUUGAUCAAUUGAUUAAAUUAAACUUGAAAUUUACUAAAGAGAAUGAUAAUUUGAAAUUUGACACCAUUGUUAAUUGGCAGGAUAUAUUUGUUGAUAGCAAGUGGCCAACUGGUUAUGCCAUUCCAGUUUCAUCUAUAAAACCAUAUGAUCCGUUCCCAGUUGAUGCAUCAGAUCAAGAUAAACACGAAUAUGCUGGACGCGGAGCCUACUAUUAG